GUUAUAACCGAUUAUAAGGGUGGUGUUAUUGCCACAGCCACUAAUGUUAAUGCCACAGCUUUUUUUAGUUAUUUGACCAUUAACCCACGCGGCGAAGGUAGUGACUGCUGCAAGUUGGAUUCAAACGAGGGGUAUAAUAGUCAAAUAACUAAAAAAAGCUGUGGCAUUAACAUUAGUGGCUGUGGCAAUAACACCACCCCGAUUAUAACCCCUAAGUCCUUUUCUUCCCCCAUUUCUUCUUCUCCGUUCUCGGUAGAUCUAUUGUCAUCUCCGACGAUCUCUGCGCCCCUUUUACCAUCGCCGUUUGUGGUUGCUUGAGUAGGUCAUCUUUGCGCCUUCUGGUUUCCAAAUCUCCUUGCCGUUCAUUAAUUGCCUCUUUCCCUUUGUUCUCUAUUUCUUCUCCUUUCUCGGGAGAUUUCCCCAUUUCUUCACCUUUCCCAGUAGAUUUCCCCAUUGAUUCUCCUUUCCAAGUUGAUCUGCUGUCAUCUUCGGUGAUCUACGGGCCCCUUUUGCUGUCUUCGUUCGUGGGUACGUACUUGAGUAGCUUAUCUGUGCACCCUCUGUUUUCCGAACCUCUGUGCCGGUGACGAUCUAUGUAUGCACCAUAUCCAACCUCUACUGCCUCCAUGCCACCCAAAUGAGAUCCAAAAUCCAGUGUUCACUGCCUCUACCUCACCACCCUUGGCAGAGACUACCCCUGACUCACCCCUUGUCGCCCCUUGGAUGGUCAAUUUCUUCACCGAGAAUUUGGAGCAUUUUGCCAUAGUUUUUAGAUUUACAGUAACUUAUCUUUUGUUCACUUUACAGAUUUUAGAUCCAAAUCCAGCCUGUACAUCAUUACUGUACCCACCGCUAGAGAUUUGGGACAAGGUACUCGAGGUGAAUUAUCUUCUAAAGAACCAAGUAAUACACUAGAUAAGGCACAAAAGCAGCUUUGGCAUCUUAUUCGUGGGCCUCCUAAGGCUGUCCCCACACAGCAGUAGUUGCCUAGUUUAAGCCACCCUCUCUCGAGGCAGUAGCUGCAGCAACAAUAGCCCACUUGGACCCAGCGAGCCACACAGCUACAACAACAACAGUUGCUUACUUUGACCCAACCACCCUCAUAAGUGCAGCAGUAGUAGCCUCCAUUGCCUGAUCAAGAGCUUGGUGAUAAGGCACCAAUGGAGGAGGAUGCAGAGGAGCUAGUUGAAGAGCAUAAUUUAGAGACUGAGCUUGUUGUUGAGUUUGAUAAGCUUAAUCCUGAGUUGGAUGCUGCACUUGAGGAGGAGCCAUCUUAUGCUGUCUAGAAGAUAGGACGUGCAUGGAUAAGCAGGAUGAAGCACUUAGCAGACCCAAGUCAAAGAAAACUGCUUAAAAUGAAUCAGUGUGGGUUAUUUAGCAAUGAGAGAUUUGGCAGGAUAGUAACAGUUAUAUGGAAGUUUUUAUAUGAUGAACCAGUGUUUUUGUCGACUAAUUGGCCAUAGGAAAAGAAGAGGCUUGCUUGGGAGAUGUUCCCUGUAUGAAAAUAAGAUUACAUAUUAAUA